GCUGCUGGGAGGGAGGUCAGUGUGCAGAUAGAGCGGACUCUCCGAGGCUGGGUCUUUGUCUGGUUACAGCCUCCCCGGGACGGACGGACGGGCGGACACGGCCGGGAUGGACGUGUUUUUGAUGAUCCGCCGUAACAAAACCACAAUCUUCACCGAUGCGAAGGAGAACACCACAGUACAAGAGCUGAAAAGGAUUGUUGAGGGCAUCUUGAAGCGACCCCCAGAAGACCAGAGACUGUACAAGGACGACCAGCUCUUAGAUGACAAUAAAACCCUAGGUGAUUGUGGCUUUACCAGUCAGACUGCGCGGCCCCAGGCUCCGGCCACGGUGGGACUGGCCUUCCGUUGUGCAGGGGACUCCUUUGAGCCUCUUCGAGUGGACUCUUUCUCAAGUCCCCCGGAGCUCCCAGAUGUCAUGAAGCCACAGGAGACGAGUGGCAGUGCUAAUGAGCAGGCGGUGCAGUGAAUUGCCCUGAUCUUCCCUCUCCUUCCCCGAGUAACCCCACCAUGUCGGAGUAUGCUGCAGCUUAUGCUUUGCAAUGUUUUUGGCCCCUCCAGCAAGUGAAGGGGUUAGAACAUCUUUCCCCCUCCCCACCUCACCCCCAUUAUUGUCCUAUUUCACCUCCAUUUACGAAGUGACCCCCUCUCCUUCCGCUGAGAUGGAAGUACAGGAAAGGCUUACGCAAGAUCCUCCACUAACUACAUGGGUGCCAGCACCCCUUCUGCAUUCUGUCACAUUGCCCGCCGCCUUCCUGGCUUCUCCGGCUUCACUCUUUCUUUUGUUUGGGGGUGGUCUUGUAUGGAUUAUGUUCUAUUUUAUUUUUUAAACACAAUAAAUUUUGUUUGCCUGUC